GGUUAAGGUCGACAACGUUAUGGCGCAAUUUUCAACUGAUAACUGCUUGUAAUCUUAAGCAAUGCAAGCACUAAUAAUAUGCAACGCAGAAUCUCCUGAGCUGGAGCAAUUAACUAUACAAGGUUCUGCUUCUUUACUCCCUCUGGGAAACGAGACUGUCCUCAGCAGACUGAUGAGUAUUUUUAUUCUAAGUGAAAUAUCUGACGUAACAAUAAUCCACAACAAAGCACAAACAAUACGUCUAACGAAUUAUUUAAAUGAAAAUCGUCAACUUUGGCCUGGUUAUAUGAAAAUUAACCUUCGCGAACUUCCUAACUUCUACUCUUUAUCUGAAACGCUACAGAGAAUCCGCUCUUCAGUAACAUCCAACUAUCUGUUUAUAACUUAUUCCAAUACCGUUAUCAAUGAAAUCGAUUUACGGGAUAUAUUUCUGACAAUGAUCAGGAAAAAGGCUUCAGUGGUGACCGUAUUUUCAACUCUCCCUACGACAGAAAGCAAACUUCUCAAGUCUAUUCCCAGCGAAUUAACCGUAACUACAAAUGAUGGCAGUACCUUAAUUAGCUAUGUGCCCGCAUGUGAUAUAAAAAAGCAGUCUAAACUUCCUAAAACUCUUAGCUCUCAACAGACUAUCUUAUGUCGUUCAGAUCUUAGAGAUUGCGGAUUGUAUUUGGUUUCCAGGACAGCUUUGGAUCAUAUUGCCAAGCUAGGGGAAGAUAUAACUCACCGUAAAAAGUCUAUUUGGCAAUAUAUUUGGUCCGAACCUCCGGAGAUAAAUCAAGGUAAACUUAGCAUUACAAUUGUUCGAUAAACACUAGAAACUAACGGAGAGCCUGAUGAAAAAUUCGUAAUUAACAACAUAAAGAAUUACCUUGAAUGCUAUCAAACAGGUGGAACUUGCAUUCAUGAACAUCAUGACAAAAUCAUUUCAGUCAAAUUUGAGGAUCCGUUGAUAUAUGCUGAAACAAAUCGCUUGAUUAUCCAGAAAUCCUGCAUUCACACUGGACCGCAACAGUCAGGAAAGGAAUUUAAUGUUAUCCAAGAAAAUUGUACAGUGCACAAAAAAGCAUUUAUUCGUUCAAGUUUUGUGGGUUCUUCAUGCAAAAUUGGUGCUGAUGUACGAAUCUUAAACUCCGUUCUUCUUUCAAAUGUAGAGAUUAGGGACAAUUGUACUAUUCAAGGAUGUGUUAUUGGUGAAAAAGCAGUUAUUGAAGAACUAUGUAAUUUGAAAAGUUGUACUGUCGCGGCAUUACAACGAGUACCAACCGGAACAAAUCUCGAAUCCAAACAAUUAGGAUUUACAGAUCCAGAACUAAAUGCAACAUAACCCUUUUUUGUAUUGUUGACUACCUUUUUGUUUACAUAAAAUAAAUACUUAUGAUAAA